AUGAUGCAGCGUCCUCGUGGUAGUGCCGCGGCGAGCCCUCACCGGAGCCUGGAUGUCAACCCGCUUGUCGGCCGCAGCGAACUCAUAGCCUGGGUAAACGAUACCCUCGGCAUCUCUAUUGAGCGUAUCGAACAGUGCUGCAAUGGAGCCAUAUACAUCCAGCUGCUAGACGUUGUUCACCCGGGCCGUGUGGCCCUUGCUCGCGUAAAGUUCGGCGCUGCGCUGGAAUACGAAUACCUCGCAAAUUACAAGGUGCUGCAGAGCGCGUUCACUAGGCUGGGAAUCUCGAAGCAUGUUGAUGUGCAGAAGCUCACGAAGGGACGCUACCAAGACAACCUGGAGUUCCUGCAGUGGAUGCGAGGAUACGUAGAAUCUCAUCGCACAGUUGAGAGCUCAGGGUAUGACGGAGUGCGCCGCCGAGUUAUGGCGGUGAUACGCAACUGCAUCGCAAACAACAGCAACGCACACCUCACGCUGGGUAGCGUUACCAGCGCUUUGCCAACUUGGGCACAGGAUGGUGUUACGGUACCGUUGAUAAAGGAAUGCCUAGCCCAUGUAAAAUCUUCAGCCGCCACAUCGGCUCAGGAUGGAGAGAAGCAGUCGGAAAGCAGAGACAAUGGUGUUUCUAAUCACCAGGGUCCUAUGGACCCGAAACAGGUUGUGCGAGCAAAGAGGAGCGCCGCGUCUUCCAUCUCUGGACAGGAUGCCAAGAUCCACCGCAUCACAUCUUCCAAUUCUAGUAAGACCCAUCUGUCAGAUGCGUGCUCCAGAAGCAGCACAGCUGACACACAUGUGAAGGAAUCCGAUGGCGGUGCUCUCAUGUCGCGUUACGACAGUGUGGAAACAGCAGUACCCGCAAAUUACACUGAGCUCCUGGAUGCAGAGAGACACAGAAACCAGGAAUUGGAGUCUCAGUUGAAGGGUCAAAAACAGCUAGAGGAGGGCCUACGGUCAUCGCUUGAUGAACGCGAUCGCACCGUAGCCGCCCUUCAGGAGCAGGUGGAUUCGCUGAAGAAGCAGCUGGGCCAACUACAGGCAGAUAAGCAAGUGGCCAAGAUGAGCAAGGACUUUUACUACAACAAGUUGCGUCGUAUAGAAAUUUUGUGUCAGAAGUGUGAAACAGGGCAGCUCGAAGUGGCACCAUUGUUCGACAUUAUGUACGCCACUGAUAAUGUUGCGUGA